GCCGCUGUGAGCAGGCCAGGCACCCCCUGGCUGACGGGGCUUCCCCUAAAGCCGGCGAAGGCGGGGCCACAGUCGGAGCCGCCGCAGUAUCUGGACCUACGGCGGAGCAAGUGCCGGCAGCGAGGGACGUAGCUGCAUCCAGAUCUCAUUAUGCAUCAGAAAAAUGAAAAAACAGAGGAAAAUUCUAUGGAGGAAAGGAAUCCACUUAGCCUUUUCUGAGAGAUGGAAUACUGGGUUUGGAAGCUUUAAGAAAUUCUGCUUUCACCAACACUUGUGCAUUCUGAAAGCCAAGUUGGGAAGGCCAGUUACUUGGAGCAGACAUUUAAGGCAUUUCCAGUGUAGAAAGAAGGCCCUUCAAAUCCAGAAAAAGUGGAUCCAGCAUGAACCGCUUUUUGCCAGGACAAAGUCCAACGUGGCUGCUCAGAAUCUUAGGACUUUGUCCUCUAAAGUGAAAAGAAAGGGCACUAAACACUUGAGUUCCUCCUCAAGGACCGUCCUGAAGCUCCAGGCAGAGAAGUUGCUGUCAUCAGCAAAGAACUCUGACCAUGAAUACUGUGGAGAAAAAAGUUUCUUGAAGGCAGUGCCUGACUUACCAGCGAAUAGUGUUUUAGGUCAGGCUAAUGGUCACAGAUCUAGGACAGAGCCACAAGCUUCUGGUUUUCCUAUGAAGUUCAGUGGGGAGACCCCAAGUCCAGGAGAGAGUGGCACAAUUGUGGUCACCUUGAGCAACCAUAAGAGAAAGGGCUUUUGUUAUGGCUGCUGUCAAAGGCCGGAGCACCGCAGGAAUGGAGGACGCCUGAUUCCAAAAAAGUUCCAUCUUAACCAACACAGAAGAAUAAAAGUAUCUCCUCAUAUGAUGUAUGAGAAAUUAUCCAUGAUUAGAUUUCGGUACAGGAUUCUCAGAUCCCAGCACUUCAGAGCAAAAAACAAAGUUUGCAAGCUAAAAAAAGCCCAGCGAAGCUGGGUGCAGGUCACUGGGGACCAUCAAGAGACCCUUAGGGAGAACGGUGAGGGUGGCACUUGCAGCCCAUUUCCUUCCUCAGAACCUAAAGACCCUUCUUGUCGGCAUCAACCAUACCUUCCAGAUAUGGACAGCGGUGCUGUGGUGAGGGGAAAGAACUCUCAUGUGCCUGACGGCCACACUGAGGGAAGCCCUCUAUUGGGCAAGGAGCUUAGUUUAGAUGAAGCAUUCCCUGACCAACAGAAUGGCAGUGUCACAUACACCUGGGACCAGUCACCCUGUUCCUCUCCUAAGUGGGAGUGUACAGAGCUGAUUCAUGACAUCCCCUUACCAGAACAUCAUUCUAGUAAUGCGUUUAUCUCGGAAGCUGAGAGAGAAGCUCUGAGUCAGGAAAAUCAGACAAGUACUGUCAAUGAUGACAGAGUAAAACUGUCAAUGUCUGGGGCAGAUCCGCCUGUGAGUAGUGUAGAUGGGCCCGUGUCUGAAGAGACUGUUCACAAUGAGAGCUCAUGCCAGAUGGAUGAGGAUGGAUCUUUGAAGCAGAACAUUCUUAGUUCUAAGUUGCUGGACCACCCUUAUUGUAAAAGUCCACUGGAGGCCCCUCUGACAUGCAGUGGACUCAAACUAGAAAACCAAGUGGGAGGUGGGAAGAACAGUCAAAAAGCCUCUCCAGUGGACGAUGAACAGCUGUCAAUCUGCCUUUCUGGAUUCCUAGAUGAGGUUAUGAAGAAGUAUGGCAGUUUGGUCCCACUCAGUGAAAAAGAUGUCCUUGGAAGAUUGAAAGAUGUCUUUAAUGAAGACUUUUCUAAUAGAAAACCUUUUAUCAAUAGGGAAAUAACAAACUAUCGGGCCAGACAUCAAAAAUGCAACUUCCGCGUCUUCUACAAUAAGCACAUGCUGGAUAUGGACGAUCUGGCAACCCUCGAUGGUCAGAAUUGGCUGAACGACCAGGUCAUUAAUAUGUAUGGUGAGCUGAUAAUGGAUGCAGUCCCAGACAAAGUUCACUUCUUCAACAGCUUUUUUCAUAGACAGCUGGUAACCAAAGGAUAUAAUGGAGUAAAAAGAUGGACUAAAAAGGUGGAUUUGUUUAAAAAGAGUCUUCUGUUGAUUCCUAUUCACCUGGAAGUCCACUGGUCUCUCAUUACUGUGACACUCUCUAAUCGAAUUAUUUCGUUUUAUGAUUCCCAAGGCAUUCAUUUUAAGUUUUGUGUAGAGAAUAUAAGAAAGUAUUUGCUGACUGAAGCCAGAGAAAAAAAUAGACCUGAAUUUCUUCAGGGUUGGCAGACUGCUGUUACAAAGUGUAUUCCACAACAGAAAAACGACAGUGACUGUGGAGUAUUUGUGCUCCAGUACUGCAAGUGCCUCGCCUUAGAGCAGCCUUUCCAGUUUUCCCAAGAAGACAUGCCCCGAGUGCGGAAGAGGAUUUACAAGGAGCUGUGUGAGUGCCGGCUCAUGGACUGAAACUCAGCAGGAACUCUGGGAAGUCUGACCAAAUUGGAGCAGAUGGUUUGUUACUUGAAUCUCCAAACACUUAUUUGAAUUUUUACAGAUAUUUCAGAUCAGUGGUGUUGGACCACUGUUGUUACCUCAAAUUUAUUUUUUGCCCUUAUUCAUUUCUCUAGUUACCAUGUACUAUUUUUUAAUGUUCAGUUUGGUUUCAUUUUUAAUUUUAUGGAUUUUGUGUGCCCCCCCCAUAUUUAAUAUUUAUUAUCCAAAUGCAUGCAUAUAGACAGAGCAUGCAGUGCAGAGUAUUAAAAAAAAAAAAAAAAGCCUAGUAGAUUCGGUGCAGCUUUUGAGAAAUAGUUAGGUGAACUGAAUACAGGUUUAAAUUUUGAUUCCAAAACCUAAAAAUGCAGGAUGUUUUUGAUACAGCAUAACUGUAAGAAUAGCAGAUGUUCCCUGGGCAUAAAGGAUAACUAGGAGGGGUUUUGACAAAGCCAGUCCUGUUUAAUUUUUACCAGCAGCACCUUUCACUGACUUCCCUCUUCAAGUGAGUCGCAUUCCUUUUCAAGGGUGAAAAGGAAGUGGCCACAAACUGACUGGUAUGUUCUAUUUAUGGAGGCACAGUUGUAAGCACAGUGCCUGCUUUGGGAUGAGUUGAAUAAGGUAUGAAAAAAAGACCGUGACCUUGGAGGUCUAGUUAUCUUCACACAUAAGAGAUUUCAGUCUUGGUUUUAAGAAUUAUUACAGUAAGUGCUUUAAUCUUAUAAAAGCUUUUGCUGGACCACUGAAUUUCCUGGAUUUUUCUGAUUUGGACCCAUUAAAAAAUUAAUAUUUGUCAAACUAGUGGUCAAACAAAUGAAAAUCCAGCCUUUCUAAGAGUAAUUUAUAGGCUGUCACUUCCCUUAUUCAAAACCGAAGACUGACUUCAGGUCUUUUGCAAGAGGGUCGGGAGGAGAGAACAGGAAAGGUAAUAAGAAGACUUGAUAUUGUGGGAGUAGAGCAAAUGUUAGUUUUUUCCCCUCUUAUUAUGUGAUCUCAGCCACACACAGGGCUUCUUACCUGGCCUCUACUUGACCAACCCUGAGAUUCCAGCCUUUUUUUGCUUUCAUGAACUCCACCCUCUGGGGAAAGGCAAAAGUGGCCUUGUCCUUACCCUUAGCUGCGUUAGGAUUAAAGAAAGGGCUCUUGCAUCUUUAAUUUAGCCUUUUGUGAUAUUAGAAAUGAGAGGAAAUUAGGAAAGAUGCAUGUAAAACUAUCCAAUUCUCUCUCUGAACCGGGGUAGGAAAAACAACAAAUGCCUAUGUAAGAAACUCAGAGGCGUGGCAGAAAAGGAGUAAAGGGCAGAAGAUACUUGUUUUUAUGCCUAGUUAGGUUUGGAAUGUUGAAAAUAAAAAGCUAAACUGUGCAGUUGAACUUGGCCAUAAAGUAAGGCUGACUCCCAGCAGUUGAGGGUGGGGUCAGAACAUGUUUACAUGCAGGGUUCCCGUCCCCAGACAUUCCAAGCACCAACACCAGUGUUUACAUUGUAAAAUAGCCCUAGCACUUUCCUAGUCCCAGACGCAAAUCCCUUAGUAUAAAACCAGGUCAGUAUUUCUCAUUGUGCUUCAGGUCAUCAAAAAGAUUGAGAUUUAGAGGCACUCUGUGCUGCUACGGGGAGGGGUUCUGUCAGCAUUGGGAAAGGUGACAAAAUGGGUUGGGUGUCUUCUUGAGAUUUCAGGCAUAAUUAUGCAAACAGAUUUUUCAAAUCUGUAUGUGAGACAUUUGCUUAACUUUUUGGGGGGUGGGGGGGGGUAACUAGUAACUAGGCUAUUGAUUAAAAAUGUCUUAUACUUUAGAGCUGCAUAUCUCACUUCCUGACAGAACCAGGCAUACAGAAGAGACAGAACUGUGUUCCGGCAAAAAUCUUAAUGCUCCACAGCCUGAGUUGCUACUUCAUCCAGUUAGAGAAACGGUCAUGCUGUCAGUAGUGAGAUAGAGAGCGCCUAAAGAGAGCUGUCCCAAGUCCAGGGUCUCUUUCAUGUCCGGCUUAAUAGGGUACUUUGAGCCAUUGUUCAGCAUGCUUUAGCCUAAAUGUCAAAUACUUUGCUUAAAAUGUUUCUCUCUUCAUGAAACUUGGUUUCUGAGCACAUAGUUGUUUCCCCUUCCUCCUCUUGUGAGGUGUGUAAACCUCUAUUUAGCCCAGGUUCUACAUUAGAAUGGCCUUUGUCCUGAUGUUUGCAAUACUGGCUUCCUUGCAACAGACAUUUUUGAAAUAUAGUCUGGGCUGUUGGUAGAAGAGACAUUGUUUUACUGUCACUAGCUUGGCACUGAAUUGUUAGGGUGCCCACAAGGUAGGCAGACCUUAUGCUUUAGGGGUUGAGGGCAGGCCUUGUACAAACUAAAAGCUGCUUAUGAUGUGCCUUCAACAAGCUGCUCAGUCCUCUCCAUCAGCAAACUUAGCAGUCUGUAGUUGCUUUUUUCCUUUUGUUAAGUCUAUAGUAAUGAAUGUAGAUUUAGUUCAAAUUUUAGUUAUGUUCUCUCAAGAGUUAGAGAACCAGCAUUCUCUUAAGGGAAAAGCAGCAGUUGCUGCCAGUAAUCCCCAGGUCAUUUUUUUGGUUUUGCAUUUUAUUUGCUACUUAUCAUUCAAUAUGAUUAACACUGGUCAUCUUGAAUUCAUAGUCGGAACAAAAUAACAGAUCUAACUGGGACACAGCCAGCACAGCACUAGCCCAAGUUGAGCUGCCCCUUUUCUCUGCAGUUGUGGUUUACUACUUCCCUGGGUUAGAAUAACUGGGACCCUUCAGGCAACCACCAGUGUGGUAACAAUGUGAAUUAGAUAUACUACCUGCUCUGCUUAAUUAUGUUAUGAAACUGAACUAAUCAGCAGUUAUAAAGCACAUACUCUUUGUUAUGUGCUAGCUCUGCCUCCUGGCCUGUAGAUAAUUAAGACUUAGGGAAUACCAUCAAAAGUGCUCACUGUAUUGGGUGUUAACAAAAGCAGAUCUAGACAAGCUGUCCACUUAAAUGGUACCUUUUGGUCAGAAAAAAAAAUUUAUUUAAAGAUUGUGAUCAUGUAAAAUUACUCAAACCUUCUAGCAAAAAUAUUUUUUUGAAAAAUAAAAUAAAUGCCUUUAUAAA